GUACGGUCGUUUAUUGCUUCCGUGUCUAAUUAAAUAUCUAAUUUAAUUACAUUACUGCUACUUAUUCGCAACCUAAAUAGUAGAGGCACGUAAUUUUUUUAGGGAGAGCACUGGCGUAUUUUGUCUAGAAGCGACAUAUUACAAUAAUUUACGUUUUUUUAGAAUAAGUUUGGUGUCAAAUUAAGUAAAAAUUCAAAUUGAAUUUUAAAUAUUCGACAGUGCUGUAACUAUCUAUAAUUUUUACAAUAUGAACACACUGAAGCCAAACUGGUUCUCGGAGACGUGUGAGAUGUGGCCCGGUGCCACCUUCUCAUUUGAAGUUAAAGAGUUGCUGCACGAAGAAAAAUCCCAGUAUCAGCAGAUCCAUGUGUUUGAUACCACACACCUGGGGAAGGUGUUGGUUCUGGAUGGGAUUAUACAGUGUACCCAAAAAGAUGAAUACUCAUAUCAGGAAAUGAUAUCAUUUCUGCCUUUGUGCUGCCACAAAAACCCUGAAAAGGUGCUCAUAGUGGGAGGUGGCGACGGCGGCGUGGCGCGCGAGGUCGCCAAACAUCCUAAAGUUAAAGAAAUUGUUCAGGUUGAAAUCGACGCAAAAGUUAUUGAAGUUUCCAAGAAGUACUUACCGUUCAUGGCAGUUGGUUUCGAGAGCGAGAAGCUCACACUCCACGUGGGGGACGGGUUCGAGUUCCUGAAAAGUCACGAAGCUGAAUUCGACGUCAUAAUAACAGAUAGUAGCGACCCCAUAGGCCCGGCUGUCCACCUGUUCGAGGAGAACUAUUUCACGCUUAUGAAGAAAGCACUAAAACCGGGCGGCAUUGUCUGCUCGCAAGCUGGUACUGUAUGGAAUGAUCUAGAAUUAGUGACGAGUACACUGAGGUACUGUAAGAACCAGUUCGCAGUAGCUGCCUACGCGUACGCCUCUGUACCAACGUAUCCUUCAGGGCAGAUAGGUUUCGUUGUCGGAUCGUUGGAUAAGGACGCGAAACUCGAAACGCCGCAGUUGGUGUUCUCGAGAGAGGACGAGAAGGCGAUGAACCUGAGGUACUAUAAUAGCGAGGUACAUAAAGCUGCAUUUGUUCUACCAACGUUUGUUAAGUAUCAGCUGGCCUGAACUGAAAUCUUAUUUUAUCCUAGUACCUUAUGGUGUACUUAAAUAUGCAUUUUAUUGUCAGUUAUAGCUAUAUAUCAAACUAGGUUAUUCCUUAGAGCAAACAAAAAGUGUGUGGUGGCAAAAGUUGUAUGUUGCAAUAAAUACAUGUGAU